AUGACCUUCUCCAUUAACCUUCUUCCAUCUGCUCCCGCCAUCCGCGCCACCACUCGACCCGAAGCCAAGAGCAUAAAAUAUCAUCAAAAUCAACCUGCCGUCGCUGUAUCCAUCUCCAGAAUUGUCGGGAAACUCUUGUACUUCAAGGAUGGCCUGACAACCCAACAGCGCGAAGAGGCAAGAUGUCGUGACGAGCGCCGCCAAGUUCUCCUCGCCCGCAUGCAAAAUGCAGAGUCCUGCUGUCAGUGGGAUGCCGCUGCGCAAGAGCUCGACGUCCUUGAGGGCAACGAGGAGUGGAAAGCCGACACGUCGACUGGGGACUACAACCCAGACAUACUUGCCGCACGUCUGAAAGAUCUCGAUGAGGCGCGCAUGGCUGGCGAUGUGCGCACCAUGAUGUACCUUGUCAGGACUGCUCUAUCACGCGACUUGGGAGGCAUGGGCAAUAUCGAUCUCUACCGCCAUUCGUAUUAUGGCACUAAGAAAUUAAUCGAGCGCUAUGUCGACUCUGCCUUACAGACUAUUGCCGCGCUUGUCGAGCACAGUACUCAUGCCUCCAACAUGCCCAGCAAUGGCAACGAAGACGAAGACGAAGACGACGGCGACGUCGACGAUAUAUCAGGGCCAAGGGAUCUGUUAGACGCCAUGCUAUACGCCCGCCAGAGUUUUGGCCGAAGUGCGCUUCUAUUGAGCGGCGGGGGUACCUUCGGCAUGACCCAUAUCGGCGUUCUCAAGGCCUUGUUCGAAGCAAAGCUGCUUCCACGCAUUAUUUCCGGUGCAUCGGCCGGCUCCAUUGUAUGCGCCGUGUUCUGCUCCAAGACGGAUGAUGAGAUCCCUCACGUUAUCGAAGAUUUCCCCCAUGGCGACCUGGCUGUGUUCGAGGAGCAUGGAAAUGAGGAUGGCCUUCUCGAUCAUCUACGCAGGCUGUUGACGGAGGGCAAUUGGUCUGAUAUCAAGCACCUCACCCGCGUCAUGCGCGACUUGCUCGGUGACAUCACCUUCCAAGAGGCUUACAACCGCACCAGACGUAUAUGUAACAUAUGUGUGUCUACGGCAUCCAUCUACGAGCUCCCUCGGCUACUCAACUAUGUCACAGCGCCCAACGUCCUGAUAUGGUCUGCAGUUGCCGCCUCCUGUUCUGUUCCUCUUGUGUUUAGCGCUGGCAUGCUACUUGUGAAGAAUCCACUAACGGGCGAACACAGCCCUUGGAAUCCAACACCCCAGGUAUGGAUAGAUGGCUCCGUGGACAACGACCUUCCUAUGACAAGGCUUUCUGAAAUGUUCAAUGUGAAUCAUUUCAUUGUCUCUCAGGUAAACCCUCAUGUCGUACCUUUCUUAGUGAAAGACGACAUGCCAUGUCCAUCGACCAAUAGCCACCACGCCGUCAUCUAUAAGCAAGAGUUUGAUUGGUUAGACACUAUCACAUCCCUCGCGAAGACUGAAGCCCUCCACAGGAUGCAGGUCCUGGCAGAAAUUGGCGUGUUUCCUAAUCUAAUUGGCAAGCUUCGCUCAAUUCUGAGCCAAAAAUACUCAGGCGAUAUAAACAUCUUGCCUGCCAUUGGUGUUUUUGAUCUCCAUAGGAUCUUAAGGAACCCCACGACCGAAUUCAUGACGCGCUCAUGCCUUCUCGGCGAACGCGCCACGUGGCCGAAAUUGGCUCGCAUAUGGGAUCGUUGCGCUAUUGAACUUGCUCUUGAUCGUGCCGUUCAUGCACUGCGAGCUCGUGUCGUCUUCAGCAAGAGUCAAGUCGAUCUACGGAGGAUGGCCACGGGUUCAUUAACAGCCGACUAUAGGGACGGUUGUGAACGACCUACGCAAGUUGAAGGAUUCCUUUCCAAGGGGAAGCUGAGGCAUCGUUAUCGUAGGUCGAGCGGCAGCAGUUUAGUCAACAACUACUAUCCGUCCUACGAAUCGCCCUGCAGCCUUAUGGAUGACGAUUCGGAUGACGAAGAUCAACUCGAGAUACCGGUACGCGAUUCUCGUGGAAAGCCCAACCUCAGAUUAAAGAAGUUUCCAAAGCAUUACACACUCCUAAGUGGGCCACAAACAGGACCCGUAUCGUCCGCCACUUUUGAGACCGAAUCAUUCGAUUUCUCGCGGGUCCCGACGUCCUCGGGUAAACUCCUAAAUAAAUAUGCAUUUCAUUCUCCCAACAGACGUACCACAAUUAGUGCUCAGCAACACAGUGCCCCCAAUACCACAGGUAGUGACACUACCAACACUUUAAGUACCGCAGCCGUGACUUCACUACCGUCAGUUGCUAGCAAGGAUACUGGGUUCGGGACAAGUGCUUCAGACGCUGAUGUAGAGAGCCACGCCGAUGCAGAUUAG